GCGAGCGAGGGUCUAUAGGUCAAAUGGAUAGUGCGCAAUAUGGACUUCUUCCCUUUCCUGCGUUUCUACCAAUCGUUCACUACAAGUGAAAACGCGGUCGAGAUUCCUCCUUCAAGAUUGCAUAUCGAGUUUGACAAGGAAGACGAGGAAGCUGAUGACGGCCUACAUGUAAAGAGGCUGGUUGAGCUGCACUGGCUGUACGGCUUUCCACUCUGGGGCUGCUUAACCGGCUUAUUUAAUCGUCAAGAUCGCAAGGGGCCGUUCGGGGACUACAUGUACUCAGUUCGUCAGAUCGUAGCGCUGUACCGCAUUGGUCACGAAGCUUGGAAGUCGCUGUCCAUUGAGCAACUUCGCCUUUGUGAGGCAAUGGGCGAUGACAGCUCUUUAGAGAGUAACUUCGCAACACUCUCCGACGCUGAGCUUGUUGAAGCAGUCAUCGAUAUGCUAUGUAGAGCGAUCGAGUACAACCUCGGGUACAUAGGCAGCUAUGCACGCAUUGGUCGCGAUCAGACGGAGUGGGAUCAAUGUAUCUUCGAAACUUUCAGGUAUAAGGGAUCGCCUGUCAGGACGGCUUGUCAGAAGGAGCAUGCGAUCGUCCAUAUUAUCAGCCUGUAUCGGAAGAAGGUUGACAAGGCACUACGGGAGCAGCUUGAGGAGGCAUAUGAGGAUUGGGAGAGUGCUCAAGAUGAUGCGCUCAUACCUGAAGGGGUGGUAUUGUGA